AUGACUAAUACGGCCAAGCCCCGCCGGCGGAGCCUCCUGCCAGGCACCGUGUCUGUGGCGCAGCGACGAGCGGCCUUCGAGAAACAGCAGAACGACGUCGACGCCGCGAAUCCAGAGCCGGAGGGCAAAAAGCGGUCUUUUCGCGCGCCCGGCAGGCUUCAGCGAACAUUCAGCAAGCGUGGGCGGGCUAAAGACCCUGUCUCCCUGUCCGCCAAGAAGCAGGACUAUCUCGCUCCAAGUGUUGUUGACUCUAUACGAUCGACGACUGAGGUCAAGUCUGAUGAAUCAAGCACAGCAACAACCAAAUACCUCGAGGCUAUCGCAGGUGCAGAAGACCAAUCGAGUCCGACGAAACCUUCAGGUUCUACUUAUACGUCGAAAUUUUCGCUAACACGGUACCUGACCAAGUCCGUACGGCCCAAAGCACUGUUGAGAUUCGGGACCAUUACUGAGAAACCCGAGCCGAUAACACACCGCAGCGAAACCAGUUCGUCGUAUAGUUCUUGUUCUAGUGUUGAAGCAUCUCGUUCUUCCGUGCAAACCCGUACAGAUGAGAUAACCGAGCCAGAGCCAACGCCGUUAGAGAAAUCGGACACCGCUUCCGUUUGGUCCUCGCCAGAUACCGUAGCUUCCUCUACCAAUGCUUCCAUAUUCGAUCGCAUUUUCAGUCCCCCUCCCCAUCCUAUACUAGCUCCGCCAGCUCCCAAAAUGGUGUCUCGAUUUUACAAGCCAAUGGUUGGCCAGACCAAGGAAGACGGUGGCCUCGCGCUCCCUAGGCUGGAAGACCUUCUACGCCACCCGGAAGAUUUGGAUAAAAUUCCUGCGUUAAAGGCGGAGUACUCUAGGAAGAAAGCUGCUGUAGAUUCUCAGCUUAGAGAUGGUCUACGGGAACAACUCGAAACUGUUCAGCGAAGUCUGAAUCAAUUGAAGGAAGGUCAGAGACAGGUUCUCAAAGCCAAAGAAGAAUUACGAACCGUGGAUAGACUUUGCGCCGAGUCCAAAGCUGCUGUUGGCGACUUUGCACAAAUCGAUAAAUUGGCCCGGAUACAUCGGAAUUUUGAAGCGACAAUAAUGAUGAAACAAGGGCUGGAGAGCUUUCAUAAUGAAUUAUCAGGAGUGGAAAAUAUGCUAAGAGAGGACGAUGAGGAUUUGGAGAAUCAGCCGAAUCUGCUGAACGCCCACAUGGUGAUCACACGGCUGAGGGAUUUUCGGGAUGAAGCUAUGGAUCAGAUCUCAAAAUCUGAGGACAAGAGUAGCGAAUCAACAUUACUUGAAUGGUUUCAGGGACUGGAUCCUGUUAUUGAUUGGUUCGAUGACCACCUAGGAACGGCAUGUAUGAAUAUUAUUCCACUUGUUCAAUCGGACAAUCGAAGCAUGGUGGUUAGACUUGCCGUGGUUAUUGCCAGCGAAGAGAAAAACGAUGCAAAGGUCCAGGCAUUACAAGAUGCCCAAAAAGACCAUGAAUAUUUAGCCGGCCGAUUCAAGUCCAUGAAUAUUGGCCCAAAAACGAUCAGAGGAUAUAAGAAGAAUUUCCUAAAGGCCAUUGAAUUUUACGCACAGGGUCAGUUUGACACAACUAAGGAGGCCUUCUUGGACGAUCCAGACAAACUUGAAAAGAGUUUUAAGUGGUUUUUCAAUGAUUUAUUCACUGUGAGGGAAGGAAUGCAAUCGCUUGUUCCCAAGAAAUGGAAAAUUUUCAAAACUUAUACUGAUAUAUACCACAAAAUGAUGCAUGACUGGCUCAUUCAAUUCGUUGAUGAUGAUCAACUUGCGGCUGCGAAUAUGCUGGCAAUCAUCCACUGGAGCGAUAAGUAUUACGCAAAAAUGGCCAAACUUGGUUGGAACCAAUCUGAUCUUGUUCCAAACGUUAUUGAUGACCGAGAAGGGGAACUGGUUCGGGAUUGGCGAAAUUUGAUCAUCAAAGCAUUGAAUGAAUGGAUGGAAAGAAUGUUUACUGCGGAUAAAAAGGCUUUUCUUGAGCGAGACAUUGACGCUCUUGACACUACCCCUGAUGGAUAUUUCCGUAUAAAAACUCUUGGCGACAUGUGGCGUAUGCUACACGAGCAGCUUCUAGCUGCUGGCGCUUCGCAACGAACUGACGUCGCAGAAGGAGUGGUCGAUGCAAUGUUUCGUGCUCUGAAAUCCCGGCAGUCCAUAUGGCAAACAAUGAUUGACGAAGAAUGUGCCAAGUAUAAAUCUCCUAAUGCGGAAAUGGCUUCGGAAAACAAAGGAUUUCAGCAACUGCAGGACUGGCUCAUUGCUGUUGCAAAUGACCAAAUUGCGUGCAUUGAUGAUAAUGAUGUCUCAGGCCAAAUUAGCUAUGUCACUCGCUUUCGGCGCGAUUUUGAUACAUUGGUCACUGAGAAAUAUCUCGCCACUCGUGCAGACAUGGAGCUUAACGUCUUGCGAAACGGCUACGUUGACUUUAGUACCCACUGUAUCACAUUAUUCAUUGAUCUUGUGUUUACCGUUGAUUUCAAGACAACACUUCCCGAAUUCUUCACGCCGAAAUGGUACAACGAAUUCGCCAUGAAACGCAUGAUAUCUACAUUUGAGGACUAUACGUCAGACUACCUUGCUGUGCUACAUCCUUCCCUCCGUGACAUCCUUGUUGAGGAAUUAUCCGACGAACUUCUCGUACACUAUCUUCAAUGCGUUCGCAACCGUGGCGCGAAAUUCCGAAGACAAGAUCCGUUCACGGAAAAAUUCAAAGACGAUAUCCUCACUAUCUUUGCAUUUUUCAAAGAAUACCCAGAGAGUUUUGCAACUACAAUCAAAGAUCGGUGGAGAUUGGUUGAUUGGCUUGUACGGUUACUCGAAGCUGACAAGGCGGAGGUGGUCAACGUGUACGAAGGGUUCAAGACCGAGUACUGGGAUCUACAACUCUCAUGGGUAGAAGCGGUACUGAGGUCUAGAGACGAUUUCGAGAGGUCCAUGGUUGGGGCUGUUAAAGCCAAAGCUGCGGAAUUGUCAAUCGAGCCAGGCCCCGAGACAAUUAUGGGACGAGUGAGGUGA